AUGUCAGUCGAUAGUGAACCCAGCAUGGAACAGGAGUUGCCCGAUGGAUGGAACGGUGCAAUCACAGCUUCUUUGGCCACGGCCCCAUCGGAUGACGGAAUAAUCCGAGAACAGGAUGCAUUGACCAAUCUGAAAUCGACCAGUUGUGUGCCUGACUCAACGGAUUGCACCCCGGCCACGUCAGAGUCACAGCAACCCAUCGGUUCUCUUGGCAGCCAGCCAGCUUGGUCGUGCGCUUCGCCAGGAUUGGCUAAUACAUCCUGGUUCCGUAUGGCAGCACAAUGCUACCGCGUAGAUAACCACAACCUCAGGGACACAAAUCCAAAUCCACCGGCACACACAGAUUCAAAUUCAGUCAAAUGGUUGGCCGAAGACUUAUCCGCCGAUCAUGUGCACUCGUCGUCACGUGAUUGGACGUUAGACACCCCACGUGAAUCGUCUGGCCAGUUCUCAUCGCUUGUCACAGAGAUCAAAUUUGAUUCGAAUUCCGGACUGACGGCGACUGGGACUAGUCGAUUUUCGAGCUAUGGGAUUCAACCACUCGGAGGAUCGUAUGAUGCGGCUCAUCUGUGA